UUUGGCCGAUCGCGCGACGAUGCGUCCCUUCACCGACUCGAACGAUGAAUCGAACCGUCACUCCAGACCGCCGGGAUUGAACACGCCUGUCAUGUUAUGAUACCGGCCGCGUGACCGUCGUUUUCUUUUUCGUUUUGGACAUUUUUCCUCGUUUCCCCCGGCGUUUUCCGUUUUUCGAACUUGUUAGAAAUAGUGCGCGAUGGCGAGCGGCGGCAGCGGUAUCCAGCAGCAGUUCCAGCAGCCGUACCAGUGCAAGGAAUGCGGGCUGUCGUUCAACUCGGCCGAGUCCCUCGACGUUCACCUGCAGUACCACAAGGAGAACCUGCUCAAGCAUUGGGCGGUCCAGGCGGGCGGUUCGCACUCCUCCGACGAGACCAACAACAACAUGACGAAGUCGACGACGACGACGAUGAUAAAACGUGAGUUUAAUUCGAACAAUUCGGACGGCGCGGAAAUGCAAAAGAAGAGUCCGGAGUAUAAUAGGGCAACGCCCGAUCACAUCUACGGGCACCCGCCCACCCCGCAGAGUUAUCAGAGCGCGUCGUCGCCAUACCAGAACCCCGAAAGCGCCGCGUUCUCCCCGAACUUUUCCAAUUUCCAAAUCAAAAGCGAGGCGCACUCGCCCGCCUCCCACUACCAGCAAAAUUCGUUUUCCCCGUACGCGGACCAGCAGUUUUUCGGAGUCGAUUCGAACCAGCAGCAGCAAUACCAGCAGGAGGUGAACGUCAACAAGGCGUCCGGCGCGCGUCAAACCUCGUUCCGCUAUCACCCUUACUCGACGCAACAACCCCAGGCACAGGUGCCCGCCUCGAGUCCCGCGUACCCGCCGCAGCCGACCCCUUCGCCCAGCCCCAAGCAGUGCGACAAGUGCGGUUACGUGUGCGAAUCGGCCGCUCAGUUAAUCGAGCACAAUAACCUGUCGCACCCCUCGACCCCUCAACAAUAUCCUCAGCAUUUCAUGUUCGACCACCAGCAGCAGCCGUCCAUCAAAACCGAAGAGGACGGUUCCCAGAGCGAGAUCCUAGAUUUGGACUCGCACAAAGUAGUACACCCGGUGUGGGUGGACGGUAAAGAGGACGAGAAGAGGUCCGAAAACCCGCACUCGGUGUCCGCUAUGUUGAACUCGUGGCCGCAGCCGCAGGGCAACAUGUUCCAGAACGACCACGGGGUGUUUAUGAACGAAUCGGAACCGAAACUGUUUCCGGGUUUACCGAACAUACCCGACGGUAAAAUGUUCGCGCCCAACUACAACAGCAACGCGGUCGUGACGUCGACCAACCAAGAGAUCGGCAACGGUCUGGGUCAGAACCAGCAGACGUAUAGGCCCUUCGAUCACAUGCAGCCUUCCCAAGCAUCAUCUGUGAUCUCGAGCACCCCGCAAGUUCCUAAUGCGAACGGGGGCGGCGCGGCGCCAGCAGCGCCGCCUACCAAAAGCGCGAACUGGAAAUCGAACGAGGCGCGACGACCAAAGACGUACAACUGUACCGCCUGCAACAAGUGGUUCACCAGUUCCGGCCAUCUGAAGCGCCACUAUAACACGACGUUGCACAAGAACGCGGUCAAAUCGAGCGGCCAGCCUGAUCCGGCGUCGAUGCCGAUCAGCGCGCACCACCACCCCACCCGGGAGGCGUCUUCGAGCAAGGAAGAUCGGUCGACGUCUGGUAGUCCCAGGGAAGACUCGAGGGGGGAAGAUUCGAACAACAUGUCGUCCCAAUUCGACAGGAUCAACCUGAUGCCGGGGUUGCUUCAACACCCACCGAACGGCCCAUACGACCGGCAACCGAGUAUGCAUCACACGCCGCCGAUGCAUUCCCCGAUGGCGCCGAGCCCUUUGGGUACCCCGAGUCCGAUCAUGAACUCGAAUUUUCCCGGCAUACCGAACGGCAGUCCCCCAAACGGGGAGGCAGGCCUCUCACCCAACACCAGUCUAGAUUCGAGAGGCCUGCUGUCGAUCGGUUCCCCUCACAAUAUGGCCCCGCCGCCGCCUCAUGGUUUCAACAUGAUGGCGCACCACCAGACGGGUCCUAUGAUUUCCCCAAUGGAGGGCAACCAGUUUCAGAUGUACCCAAACGAGUCGGCCCCCCACGUUACGCAGGCUACGGCUAUCAGCAGCCACAAUACUACUGGUGAGAUCCAGUUCAGUAUAGAUGGCAGUGCGGUCGUAGUUCAGGAAAGCCAGCCGUUGCCUAGUUUCGCGCAGAUCCAGGCGCACCGGUACGGCGUCAUCAACUACGGUUUAGCGAACGUGGGGGGCGGGGGUACGGCAACGACCCCUUACUUUUACGCACAGAACGACAUGGACGAGUCCAAAUCGUUGAUUUUUCGCGACGAGAAUACCUACAAGCUCGCCGUCCUGACCACCAACGAAAAUAACAUGUACUCGUCGCCUAGCAACAACAACAAUAACAACGACGAGUUGUCGCUGAUGGAGCCCGAGAUGAACAUUACUUUCGACCCGGACGACAUAAAGUUCAUGAGGAAGGAUCCGUUGGCGCUGGAGCCGACCAAGAAGCCGGAUUACGAGGAGACGAGCGGCAGCCCGGUGAUAUCGUCGACAGUCAACAGCAAAGAAGGCAAAACGAAAUGCUUCGAUUGCGACAAAGUCUUCAACAGGCCUUGCUACUUGACGCAGCACAACAAGACCUGCCACAACGGCGACAAGCCGUUCAAAUGUACCAGGUGCGGCAAGAGGUUCUCGUCGGAGGAGAUAUACAAGGAGCACGCGAGCAAGCACGCCGGAGAGAAGCCCCACAAGUGUGACGUAUGCCCGAAGCAGUUUAACCACAAGACCGAUUUGAGGAGGCACAUGUGCUGUCACACGGGGCGGAAGCCUUACGUGUGCGAGACCUGCGGCAAAGGCUUCAUCCGGAAAGAUCACAUGAUGAAGCACAUGGAGACGCACGUGAGGAAGGCCCAGAGUAAAAGCGGUGCAAUCAGGUCGUGAGGCUUAUUUUGUAAAAUAUUAUUUAUUUUGUACCCGUUCAUUGGCACCGUUUCCAUCUGAAAAUUUGUUUUCGAUAUGGUUGUACAUAUGAUUCUAUUUUUGUCCGCGUAAUUCAUUUUGCUAUGAAAUUGUGACGAUCAGAAUAACAGAGUUUAAACGCGUAAGACGAAUUGCUCAACGGUAAUUUUUUAUAUAGACUCCGAAUGACCUAUUAAACAAUAUACAAAAACAGCAAUACCUCAGAAUCUCAGUUAUAAGAAUAGAUAUAAAUAUAUAUCAGAUUAUAAUUAAUAUAAAUAAGAGUAAAUGUCAAUGUACAAACAUUUUAGAUUUGAUUUUUAUUUGAAACGAAAUGAUGAUGUAAAAAGAACGAUGUAUAUUCUUGCGUUUGCGCGUUUGGCGCCGUUAAAAUUUUGAAGCGACGUUUGUAAUCCGGCCAUAUCGAUUACGUCAGAAUUUUAUCGAAUCGCCACCCGUCGCGGAAAUAUAUCUAAAAUCCUAGACUUUCCGGAGAGUAAUAAUGACAUUGCAAUAAAAGUAAACAACGCAUUCCUUUGUACAUUUUUCUGUUGUUUUCAUUUUACGAAACUGUGAAUUGUUGUAUAUAGUUUUAUAUAUAUAUCUUUUUUGUUAAAUAUAGGUAAAUUAACUACCUCAGUUUUAUGAAUUCUGUGCCAAUUUUCUUUUUUAAUUAAUUUUUAGGCCAUCUGAUGUAUCGAAAGGUGGAUUAGAAAAUUUUAUAUGCCAAAUUUUCGACGAAAUCUUGAAUACACUUUUUAUAAAAAUUAUCCAACUUUUCGUCGGGCAUAUUCGUUAUCAUAUUAUAUUAUAGUGCAAUUCGACAUGAUUCGGGAAAUGAUCACUUUAUUUGUUAGGUUUGUAGGAAAACCUUUUCCAAAGCGCGGGAGUGAAUUGUAUGAAAUUUUUUUGGAAAAUUUUCCUAGUGAAGACUGUUACCACAUACAAGUUAGAAUUGAUUGUUUUGUUGACAUAAGUAUUUUAAUAUUAUAGGUGUAUAUUGUGAAUUAUUUUCGCCGUCGAAGGAUGUUAUUGUGGUAUAUUUGGCACGCCCUGAAUGUUUCAUUUUUUUAGUUAGACGAUGGAUGUAUUAUUUGUUAAGACUGAGACCGCAAGACAGUUGAAAAUCUAGGUUGACUAUUUUCUGUAAAUUUUUUCAAGAUAA